UGUACCAUUAAAGGAAGAAAAUAAUGUGAUUGCAAGAAAAUAAAGCGAAGCUAAAGCUCUUUCAUAGGACCCAUAGCAUGUCUCCUCUCUAAUCCCAGAUGAUGUGAUUAUUAGUUAUUUCUUUCUUUCUGAUCUGCAAUAUUUCUAUCAUCUUCUAUUUCUCCGAUUCUUUUUCUUGGUCUUAAAGCUAAACUUCCAACAAUUGAACUCGCUGUUUCAAGUGAUGUCAAGCAGCAAAGGGAAAGAUGUAGUAGAAGGAUCGUCGAGAUCAGGCAGUGGUGGUAUUGCUACUGAUCAGCAGAACCCACCUCCGUUGAGCCGGUACGAGUCUCAGAAACGCCGAGAUUGGAACACUUUCGGGCAGUACCUCAGGAACCAGCGGCCACCGGUUGCACUAUCUCAAUGCAACGCCAACCAUGUUCUUGAUUUUCUUCGGUACCUGGAUCAAUUUGGGAAGACUAAGGUGCACUUACAAGGAUGUGUGUUUUUUGGGCAGCCAGAGCCACCGGGUCCUUGUACUUGUCCUCUCAAGCAAGCUUGGGGUAGCCUGGAUGCGCUCAUCGGCCGAUUAAGAGCUGCAUAUGAAGAAAAUGGUGGGUUGCCGGAGACGAACCCUUUUGCAAGUAGUUCUAUUCGAGUUUAUCUCCGAGAAGUCAGAGACUCGCAAGCUAAGGCAAGAGGGAUUCCUUAUAAGAAGAAGAAGAAGAAGAGGAAUCCGAUGAAAGCUAGUGAUGAUCAUAGCUCAAGCUUUUCCAUGCAGUAAUCUUUGAUUGAUUCCUGUGGUCCCUAGAAAAAUGUUAUGGCACUCAAAAUUUUCAAGAAGUCUUCCAUUCUCCAUUGCCAUUUUGAAGCUCUAUCACUGUUUCCUUUUGGAUCAAAUUGCUAGUUCUUGGUCUCUGAGCUUUAAUCGUAAAGCAGUGUAAACUAUAGCUAAAAAAUGAACUGAUGAGAGAAAAUGGAUCAAAGUUGAAAUUAGGUAAGUAAAAAUUUUUCCCCUCUUUUGUCCAUUUAAAUUUGCUAUCUUAUGAUCAAACAUAAUCAAGUGUGUUAUCUUUCAUCAUGUACUAUAUUAUCCAAAUGUAUGUAUUCUUGAUGGAUCCAUGCAUAACCUUAUGUACAUAUCUAUUUGCAAUUUCCUUAAUUAAUUGAUUUGCCUAGCUUGAUAAUUA